CGGUGUCUGAACAAAGUCCUGAGGGCAGCUGCCGUGAGCCACUGCACCGGCUGGAGAGCAGCCCCCCCCCCCAACAUGGCUGGGAAAAAGGGACUUUUGAUGCUGGAAAACUUCAUAGGUGGGAAAUUUUUGCCCUGUAAUUCAUAUAUAGAUUCCUACGAUCCAUCAACAGGGGAAGUGUAUUGCAAAGUACCAAACAGUGGAAAAGAGGAGAUCGAAGCUGCCGUGGAGGCUGCCAGAGAGGCCUUCCCUGCCUGGUCAUCCCGGAGCCCCCAGGAGCGUUCUCUGGUCCUGAACCGGCUGGCUGAUAUACUGGAGCAGUCCCUGGAGGAGUUAGCCCAGGCAGAAUCUAAAGACCAAGGCAAAACCCUCACGCUGGCGAGGACCAUGGACAUCCCCCGGUCCGCUCAGAACUUCCGGUUCUUCGCGUCCUCCAUUCUGCACCACGUGGCGGAGUGCACGCAGAUGGAGCACGUGAGCUGCAUGCAUUACACCGUUCGCACCCCGGUGGGAAUUGCUGGUUUGAUCAGCCCUUGGAACUUGCCGCUCUACCUGCUGACCUGGAAGAUAGCUCCGGCCAUCGCUGCCGGGAAUACCGUGAUAGCCAAGCCCAGCGAGCUGACCUCUGUGACUGCCUGGUUGUUCUGUAAACUCUUGGAUAAAGCAGGUGUCCCGCCAGGGGUGAUCAACAUCGUGUUUGGAACAGGGCCCAGGGCUGGUGAGGCCCUGGUGUCCCACCCUGAGGUGCCCUUGAUCUCUUUCACUGGGAGCCAGCCCACAGCUGAGCGGAUCACCCAGCUGAGUGCCCCCCACUGCAAGAAGCUCUCCCUGGAGCUGGGAGGCAAGAACCCCGCCAUCAUCUUCGAGGACGCAGAUCUGGAGGAGUGUGUCCCGGCAACCGUUAGGUCCAGCUUUGCUAACCAGGGGGAGAUCUGCCUGUGUACCAGCAGGAUCUUUGUCCAGAGGAGCAUCUAUGGGGAGUUCCUAAAGAGGUUCGUGGAAGCUUCCAGGAAGUGGAAAGUUGGCGCUCCUUCUGACCCGUCAGCCAGCAUGGGUGCUUUGAUAAGUAAGGCACAUUUGGAGAAAGUCAGAAAUUAUGUAAUGAAAGCCCGUGCUGAGGGGGCCCGGAUUCUGUGUGGUGAGGGCGUGGACCAGUUGAGCCUUCCGGUCAGGAACCAGGCAGGCUACUUCAUGCUUCCCACGGUGAUAACGGACAUCAGGGAUGAGUCCUGCUGCAUGACGGAAGAGAUCUUUGGUCCAGUGACGUGCGUCGUCCCUUUUGAUAGCGAAGAGGAAGUGAUCAGAAGAGCUAACGGCGUAAAGUAUGGGCUGGCAGCCACAGUGUGGUCCAACAAUGUGGGGCGCGUCCACCGGGUGGCUAAAAAGCUCCAGGCAGGUCUGGUCUGGACCAACUGCUGGCUCAUCCGGGAGCUGAACCUGCCUUUUGGUGGGAUGAAGAGCUCUGGGAUAGGAAGAGAAGGAGCCAAGGACUCAUAUGACUUCUUCACCGAAAUAAAAACCAUCACUGUUAAGCACUGACGUCCCGUGGAGGAGCUGCCGUGGCUGACACCUGAUGGCCCAGAGCCGCUGGAGCAGCAAACAGAACCCCUAGUGUGUGUUCACUCAGGCCUUGACCUGCCAGGAGACUCGCUCUCGCUGACCUUCACGUGUUGGUAUUUUUACCGGGUGUGUGUGUGGGGGGAGGCAGUUUUUGUAAAUUCUUGAAAAUCUGCCAAUGUCAGAUAUUUUCACUUGCAAAUGUACUGCGAAAGCAAAACUAAAGCAGGACAAAAUAAAGGCCUACAAAGCUGGA